AGAGCCGUUGCUAGUUGCUACUGCGAAGACACCAGAAAGCGUCAGCGAGUGAAGAAUAAGCUCAGCGCCAUGAAUCCGCGGAAGGAGCUCGAUCUCGAUUCGUUCCUCGUCUCCGAUUCGGACUCCGACUCCGACUUCGACUCCGAUUUGGGUUCUUCCUCCGCCCUUCGCCGCACUGUCGAUGAUAUCCUCAACGCCUCCGAUUCUUCCUCCGCGUCUUCUUCCCCUCCGACCUCGCCCCCGUCGGCCCGGGAUCAUCUUCACCGGCGGAAAGAACAUGAUCUCACUCGCCGUCAAUCGGAACCUAUUCUGAACGAUGCGGUGCGACCUGAAACCCUUGAUUCUGAGAAGCCUCGGGGCGUUUCCCGCGUCAGCGAUGCGAUUCGGCGAGUUUCUGCGUCGACUUCUUCUUCUGCGAGACAAUUUCCUUCGCUCUUCGCCGGAGUGCGGUCGAAUGCGAAGCCUGGAGCGGCGCUUGCGGCGGCUGUAGCGGCGUCCAGGUCGGUUCCGACUCCACACGCUGCGAUCAUCAAGUCAAGGAGAGCGAGUGGCGGGUCGCGGCAGGAUGUUCUGGAUGAUGGAGAAUUCGUCUCCGGUGGCGCUGAAGAAGAACGGGAAGUUUCUUCCUCGAAUGGGGAUUCUGUUGGAGUGGAUGCUGGAUCCGUUUAUGAAUUUCGAUCUUCCGGUGGAGAAUCUCCCAGGGAACAUGGGGACAGUGGCGAGGGUAUUGCAAGCCAAGAAAAGAAGGAAGCUGAAUUGACGGAAGUAGGAGCAAGUGAUACUGCUCAGGAGUUAACUGAUGCUCAUGAUGCUUUGGGAAAUUCCAAGCCUGAAUUGGUUAUUUCGUCCUCUUGCUGCGAUGUUGAAGGUGACUUCGCGUUGCAACAAGAUUCAGCCACACUGGAAGCCGGUGUUACUGACGAAGACAGUGUGAAAGAUGACAGCAUGUAUGUUGCUACGACUGAGGUGGUUUCAGAGUCUCGGCACUUGAAUGAUUCUGAUGAGAAGAGCAUUCCUUCUUCGCCGUCAGAUGAUGAGAUGCGAAGAAACGAAGUUGAUUCAACUCUAGGAGAUUUCAGGAGAGACUAUUCAGGUGAAGGUAUGGCAAGUUGUAAAGAAGAAGGUGCUGUUGCGAUUGAUCCCGAUGAAGGAAGUUCAAUGAGCGACAUUUCAGAGCUUGUAGAAGAGAGAAUUAAGGAGUUGGAGAAAGAAAGUAUGAGUAAAAGAGAGGAAAAGAAAUCACGGGCUUUUAGGAAACCACUUGAUUUGGCUGAAGAGUUUGAGAAGAAACAAGCAUAUACUGGUUUGCAUUUGGAGGAAGGGGCUGCUGCUCAACCGAUGAAACUCGAGGGUGCAAAGUCAGGCUCGACCACAUUGGGUUACUUUGAUGUUGACGCUGACAAUAUCAUCAGCCGAACUAUUUCAUCGUCUGUAUUUAAGCAAGACCAUGGUUCUCCUCAGGUUUUGGCUGUUCAUUCGAAUUAUAUUGCAGUGGGGAUGUCGAAAGGGGUCAUUUUCGUCGUGCCAAGUAAAUAUUCAUCUCAUAAUGCAGAUCAGAUGGAUACCAAGAUGAUUUGGCUUGGUUUACAAGGAGAAAGGUCUCAGGCCCCAGUUACUUCCAUUUGCUUCAACCAGCAUGGGGACCUACUAUUAGCCGGUUAUGGUGAUGGGCACGUUACAGUUUGGGAUAUGCAGAGAGCUUCAGCAGCAAAAGUGAUUACCGGAGAACACACCGCACCAGUAGUACAUACUUUUUUCCUUGGGCGGGAUUCUCAGGGUUCUCGGCAGUUCAAAGCUAUCACUAGUGAUACUAAGGGUCUGGUUUUCUUACACACUUUCUCAUGGGUUCUGUUGCUGAACAUGUACUCCGUUAAGACACAGUGUCUUCUCGACGGGCAAAAAAAUGGAACAGUGCUCUCAGCAUCCCCUCUGUCAGAUGAGUUUUGUGGAAGCCCUUUAGUCUCUUCUCAAGGUAAUACUGCAGUUCCAUCAAGCAGUAUAGCUAGCAUGAUGGGAGGAGUUGUCGGGGUUGAUUCAGGUUGGAAGCUCUUUAAUGAGGGAUCAUCUUCGGUGGAAGAAGGUGUUGUCAUAUUUGUCACCUAUCAAACUGCAUUAGUGGUAAAGCUCAUUCCAAAUUUGGAGGUGUAUGCUCAACUUCCUAGACCAGAAGGGGUACGGGAGGGUUCCAUGCCAUACACAGCCUGGAAGUGUGUAAUGCAGAAGCGUGAUUCUUCUGCAGAAAAUUCGUCUAAGGAGGCAGCAGAUAGGGUAUCAUUGCUUGCUAUUGCCUGGGAUCGGAGAGUUCAGGUUGCCAAGUUGGUAAAGUCAGACCUAAAAGAAUAUGCAAAAUGGUCACUUGACAGUGCAGCCAUUGGUGUGGCUUGGCUGGAUGAUCAGAUGCUGGUGGUCCCAACUUUGACAGGACAUUUGUAUCUGUUUGCAAAAGAUGGAACUAUGAUUCACCAGACAAAAUUUUCUGUGGAUGGGUCUUCAGGGGACAAUCUGGUUUCCUAUCAUACUUACUUUACAAAUGUCUUUGGAAAUCCUGAGAAAUCGUAUCACAAUUCUGUGGGUGUCAGAGGGGCUUCAGUAUAUAUCCUGGGGACUGUACAUCUUGUAAUCUCCAGACUUCUGCCAUGGAAGGAGCGGGUAAAUGUUUUGAGGAAAGCAGGUGAUUGGAUGGGUGCAUUUAACAUGGCAAUGAUAUUGUAUGAUGGGCAAGCUCAUGGCGUUGUUGAUCUUCCCAAAACAGUGGACACUAUAAGGGAGGCCAUAGCACCCAGUCUAGCAGAAUUGCUCCUUUCUUACGUGGAUGAAGUCUUUUCUUAUAUUUCAAUAGCAGUUUCCAAUCAGAUUGAGAAAUUUGGAGUAACUCAUGAGCCAAGCAAUGGAACAUUUUCUGCAAAUUCAGAAAUAAAAGAACAAUACAAUCGUGUCGGUGGUGUUGCUGUCGAAUUUUGCGUGCAUAUCAAUAGGAUGGAUUUGCUCUUUGAUGAGAUAUUUUCCAGAUUUGUGGCUGUUGAGCAAAGAGACACUUUUCUGGAGCUUCUGGAGCCUUACAUAUUAAAGGAUAUGCUUGGAUCUCUUCCUCCAGAGAUUAUGCAAGCGCUUGUAGAACAUUAUAGUGGCAAAGGAUGGCUACAGAGAAUUGAGCAAUGUGUCCUGCACAUGGACAUUUCCUCCUUGGAUUUCAAUCAGGUUGUCAGAAUUUGCCGUGAGCAUGGGCUGUAUGGGGCAUUAAUAUAUCUUUUCAACAAAGGAUUGGAUGAUUUCAGGUCACCACUGGAAGAGCUCCUGACGGUCUUAUGGAACAGUGAGAGCCAAAGAGCUACAACCAUUGGAUACAGGAUGCUCGUUUAUUUAAAGCACUGCUUUCUUGGCUUGGCUUUUCCACCUGGACACGGCAGUCUGCCUGCUAUACGCUUGCCAUCCCUUAGGACGGAGCUGAUACAGUUUCUGCUAGAAAACUCAAAUGCCCAUGAUUCUAGCACAGCCUCACGUUUAGCGUCUGGAGAGAUCUACUUGAACCUUUACCAUCUGUUACAGAUGGAUACUGAAGCCACUCUAGAUGUCAUCAGAUGUGCCUUCACAGAGAAUGAACUGUCGAAACAUGAGGAUCUGCUGCUGGAGUCAGGCAAAGAGUCUGAGACUGUGGAUAGUAUGCCUGAAUCUAGAAGUGUUGAUAUGCUGGUUCAGAAUCUGAUAGAUGCACUAGUUCAUAUUCUGGAUGGGGGCGUAAACCAGCCUGAUGACUCUGGUGAUUUAGAUAAGACUGCGUCAGGUGAAAAAUGGCCUUCCAAGGAAGAUAUGUGUCAUCUACUUGAGUUUGUUGCAUACUAUGCGGCGUGUGGUAGAGCUGCUAUCCCAAAGAAAGUGUUGAAUCAGAUUUUGGAUUACCUAACAUCGGAGCCCCUUCUUCCUAAUUAUCAUGUGUCUCCUAAAAAGAGGGAGAAUCAAUUACUAAACCUUCUGAAAGUUGUCCAAGAGUCUGACUGGGAUUUAGCUUAUGUGUUACAGCUUUGUGAGAAGGUGCAGUUUUACCAGGUUUGCGGUUAUAUUUAUACUAUCAGGCGACAGUACCUUGCUGCUUUGGAUAGUUACAUCAAAGAUGCAGAUGAGCCUAUACAUUCCUUUUGUUAUAUCGAUAGGAUGAUGUCACAGUCGAGUGGAGAUGAAUUUACUACUUUUCAAGCCGCAGUUAUUUCGAGAGUUCCAGAACUUUUUGAAUUAAGCCGAGAGGGGACAUUCUUCUUGAUCAUUGAUAGCCUGAAAGAUAAAAUUUCACAUAUUCAAGAGCAACUCCGCUCUCACCCAAGAAGCCUUUUCCUGUUUCUCAAGACGGUCAUCGAGGUUCACUUGUUUGGAACUCUUGAUUUUUCUAGUCUAAAAAAACAUGAGCGUGAAACUCUAGAUUUUUUGGGUGGGAGAAAUACAUGGGAUUCGUCCAAAGCGCUUGAGAUUUAUUUGGAGAGACUCGAUGAAUUCCCCAACCUCAUCAGAAGCAAUCCAAUUAAUGUGACUGAUGACAUGAUUGAGCUUUACUUGGAGCUAUUAUGCAAGUAUGACCAGAAAUCGGUCCUGAGGUUCUUGGAAACCUUUGACAGCUACAGGGUAGAACACUGUCUACGCUUGUGUCAGGAAUAUGGGAUUGUAGAUGCAGCAGCAUUUCUCUUGGAGAGAGUGGGUGAUGCAGCAAGCGCUCUCUCACUUACAGUUUCUGGCCUCAGUGAAAAAUUUGUUGAGCUUGAGAAUGCAGUGGGGGGUGUAACUUCAAAGUUGGGUAAAAGUGAAUCAGCCAGCUUGGAGCAAUUCGGUAGUGUUCUGGAUUUGAAGGAGGUGCAUGACAUACGAUCUAUAUUACAAGCCUGCAUAGGUUUGUGUCAACGUAACACCCCACGUCUUAACCCAGAGGAAUCCGAGACUCUCUGGUUCCGCUUGCUUGACACUUUCUGUGAACCUUUGAUGGAUUCAUACCGUGAGCAGAGGAACUCUGAUGGAAUAAAGAAAGGCCCAACAGUUGGAAAAUCAUCAGGAUGUUGUGAUGAUGAAGCAACCCAUACAAUCAAGUGGAAGAUCCCAAAAUCUCACUCGUGUACACAAAUGAUGAGAAAGCUAUUCUCUAAGUUCAUUAAAGAGAUUGUUGAAGGAAUGAUAGGAUAUGUCCGUCUUCCAACAAUCAUGUCAAAACUCCUCUCUGACAACGGUAAUCAGGAGUUUGGUGAUUUCAAACUCACGAUAUUGGGAAUGCUCGGGACAUAUGGCUUUGAGAGGAGGAUAUUGGAUACUGCCAAGUCCCUAAUAGAAGAUGACACAUUCUACACCAUGAGCUUACUGAAGAAGGGUGCUACACAUGGGUACGCACCCAGAAGUUUUCUCUGCUGUAUAUGCAAUUGCCCUCUCAACAAGAAUUCUUCUUCUACUCGUGUACGUGUUUUCAACUGUGGCCAUGCAACUCAUCUUCAAUGUGAACUAUUGGAGAACGGGGCAUCAUCGUCAUCAGCUCACUCCUCUCCAUCAGGUUGUCCUGUUUGUAUGCCUAAGAAGGCCACGCAGGCUUCUAGAAAUAAAUCAUUAUAUCCAGCCUAUGGGCUGAUAAGCACGGUUUCAUCCAACGCACAGACUUUAAAGCGCGCUUCAACUCACUCGUACGAGAAUGACAUGUCUGAUCAUUCUCACGGCCAGCAAAUAUCGAGGUUUGAGAUCUUAACCAAACUUCAGAAGGACCAGAGGAUAGUACAGAUAGAGAGCUUGCCGCAGUUGAGGCUUUCACCUCCGGCUGUGUACCAUGAAAAAGUGAGCAGGGUAAACCCUUUCACGCCGUCUUCAUCCGGGGAGAGCAGCGGUAAAUCUGGAAAAGCGUUGCAAAACGGGCGGGAUAAGAAAACGAAAGCCAAGGGUUCAAUUUUUCGGACAAGGCUCGGGAAAGAGAAGACGAGCAGAAGAUGAUGAAGAAAUGGGGGGUGGUGUCACUGUCGGUCAUAUCUUUGGGCUAACCACAACAACAACAACAACAGCUAAUGUUAUAAGAUCCCAUAGUGUAGACGUUUCUUGUGAAGAAGCUUAUGGUUUUCAUUGUCUUCUCCUUCGGGUGUAUCUGUGUAAGAGUAGUAGGAAG